AUUUGGGGUUGCGAUAGCGAAACUCGGCCCAUCGGCGCUCCGACGGGCCCCCAUGAUUUAUUCAGCAGUGGAUCGGGGCACGCAAUCGGGCUGUCAGGAGAGCGUCAGCUUAUUAGGCAAGUUCUGCGUGAUUCCAGGAGAGGGUCUAAGCUAUAAAAAUCCCGCGCCCCGGCUCUGAUUAGGACCAAAUCUGAUCCCAAGUUCGCCACGAACCGGCUUGCGAGGGAGAGAGAGCGAGAGGAAAGGGACGCCGGGCACCGCCGAGCCCCGCCGCCUCCUGCCCUGCCGCCGCCGCCCCGGGUCCGGGCGCCGACCAUGAAGCUCCAGGUGCUGGUGUGCACGGGACUGCUGCUGCUGCUGGUCGCCCUCCUGCCCUGCCAGGAGUGCAGGGCGCUCAGCAAGAGCCCCGGAGCCGCCCACGGGGCUCUGCACCAGCCGGAUUUCUUCCCGCAGCGGCAGCAGCAGCAAACUCUGCCCGUCCUGCUCCGCAUGGGAGAAGAGUAUUUCCUGCGCCUGGGCAACCUCAACAAGAGACCCGCCGGCUCUUUCUCCGCCUCUUCCAGCAGCAGCAGCAGCAGCAGCAGCAGCAGCAGCAGCAGCCACCCACAGCCCCAAGCCUCCGCCACCAACUUUUUCCGGGCGGCGGUGCAACAGCUGCAGCAGCUGCCCGAGCGCUCGCUGGGGAGCCCCGAGGAGGGCGAAGGCGAGGGGGAGGCCGUGGAGAGGGAGAAGCGGUCCGAGGAGCCCCCCAUUUCUCUGGACCUGACUUUCCACCUCCUCCGAGAGGUCUUGGAGAUGGCCCGAGCCGAGCAGUUGGCGCAGCAAGCCCACAGCAACAGGAAACUGAUGGAGAUCAUCGGGAAGUGAAGCGGCCCCUCCCCGCCUUGCCAAAGAGAUUCCGCGGUUAGCACAAGAAUAAUUCCACACUCCGAUGUACCAUAGUGCUGCUCUGAUGUCAUCUCUUUAUUUUUAUAUAGCUUUAAACCUAGAAGGGUGUACUCCGAACAGCCUCUGUCCCUUGACUAGCAUGCACGGCCGCGUACCAAGUGCAGAAACACGAGUGUCGUCCGUAACCUCCCCUACCUUUAUUUAUUUCUCCAUUUCCCAGUAUUUCUAGUGGCAUCGCUGCGUAGGGAUGUGUGAGCAUUGGAAGAAAUGUCGCCGAGAAGCCAGAUAACUUUCCUGGCGGGGGCAGGGAGGUGGGAGGGGGAAUCUCUGUAAGCUACUUUAAAUCCACUUUUUCCUGUAAACAUUUUCACAAUAAAACAUCUUUUCAGCGCUCGGUCAAUUUUGUUGUGUAAGAGAAUGUUUAAUAUUUAUAUUUUUAAUAAAAGCUGCAAAUAAC